CAUUUAAAUAUGUCUAACUUAAAAUGUCUCUUGAAAUGUGAACAGAUAUUGUCUUGUGCUGUAUAGUGUUGUUUGAUCUCCACUUGACCAGAGGGAGGCGCACUUGUAAAAACACGAAAACAAACACACGGAGGGGGAAUGCUUAGCAAAUACCAGCUCCUCUCCGGCGGGCGGAGCUAAGAUUCAGCCCUGGUCUGAUGCUGCUCUUUGUGUCAGUGAGGCGGGGUCGUCAACGUGGUGGUUAAUUUUGUGACACACGAAGCAGACGGGUGAGUAUUGUGGUGCUGACUGUAAACGGAUUAUCAAAUAUUAUCAGACCGUCAUUCAGAGGCGCAGCUGCAUACAGGUGAGUUGGAAAUGUCCACUUGCUUGUCUGCUGUAUCUAGUUCUACUACUGCUGUUACUAACGGUGAAUGCAGCCCCAAACAACCACAUGCUACAGAAGCUGCAAAUUAACCAUACGAGUUCGGUUUACAACGCAUAGUCAAAAUUAGUCAUAUUUAUAUGAAUGUUUUUGCAUUGCAUUAGUUUGAAUAGCUAUUAUAAGUUUGAAAUGAACUUUUCGAACGGAAACUCGACACCUUGCACUUGCCCGAGGAGUUGUUACGUAUAUUGUUACGUAUAAAUGCGUAUAUUGAAAAGUACGAGACCUUGUAUGCGGUGAGAGACAUCAGACAUUUUAUUUAAUAAUAAUAAAAUGUCAAUAAUAGAAUGUCAAAUUUCACAUUUUAUUUAAUAAAUAUCCAAAAAACAGUUUAAAAUUAUAAUUUCACAAAUGUAAUACGUUUAAUACAUUUUGCGUUAUGGUAUGUCAAAUGGUUAUACAUAUAGUAAACGAUAAAACUUAAAUAUUUUAAAGUAUUUUGUCUUUUUUAGUGACAUCCUGAGGUGAAAUUGCAUAUUUUGUUUGAAAAUAGUUUUCUAAUUCUUCACGAAAUCAACUGUUACAUUCAGUAAUGAUUUUGUCCUGUUUAAGGUCAGAGUUUGCCCCUUAUUUGACUGUUAAACUGGUGGAAGUCAAUACAGAUUUGUAAAAAAAUACACUGUCCCUUUAUAUACUGUAUGUGAAGAAACCAGCUGUAUUAUGUAAGCUUGUUGUACGUUGAUAAGAACCACAGACAAAGGGAGAGUUAUCAGUUUUUGCUGCUUCAUUGCAAAGUCUUCUGCUGAAUGAAAUGUCAUUUCAAACAUUACCUCACCUGUUUUCUUGUCAGAACCUUGUCAAAGAUACAAGCUGUCAUUGCAUUUCUCACUAUUCCACUAUCUUUUUCUUUGUCUCCACUGUUCUACAUCCAGGAAUAGAUUUUUUUUCUUCCCUUACCAUGGCUGAGACCAAAGGCAAAUUUGACUUUGCUAUCGAUCGUGGUGGCACUUUCACCGAUGUUUUUGCCCGAUUGCCUGAUGGACAUGAAAGAGUCCUGAAACUUCUGUCUCGAGACCCCCAGAACUACAAAGACGCUCCAACAGAGGGUAUCCGCAGAGUCUUGGAAGAGGAAACGGGACGUGCGUUUCCUCGUGACCAGCCUGUGGAUACUUCACUCAUCGGCUGGAUCAGAAUGGGCACGACGGUGGCCACAAAUGCUUUGCUGGAGAGGGAAGGCGAGAGAACGGCUCUCCUGGUCACCAAGGGCUUCAAAGACCUGCUGCACAUCGGCACACAGGCCAGGCCAAAGCUGUUUGAUCUGGAGGUCGCUGUUCCUGAAGUCCUGUACGAGGAGGUGAUAGAGGUGGAUGAGAGGGUCGUCCUUCUGCAAGAUGGCUGCCAGCUGCCCAGGAAGGAGACCAAACGUAUUGUCACAGGCAGCACUGGAGAUUCUCUGGAGGUGUGGAAGGAGCUGGAUCUGGAUCAUGUAGAAAAUGAGCUGAGAGGAGUUCUGUCUCGCGGGAUCACCAGUUUGGCUGUGCUCCUGCUGCACUCCUACACCUGGUCCGACCAUGAGAAGGCAGUGGGCUCAUUGGCUCGCUCCCUGGGCUUCACCCAGGUGUCUCUAUCCAGUGAGGUCAUGCCCAUGGUGCGGGCGGUGCCUCGGGGUUACACUGUCUGUGCCGACGCCUACCUCACACCCAAAAUUCGUCAGUAUUUAAAAGGUUUCACCUCUGGAUUCAAAGGUGGACUAAAAGACGUGGAUGUGCUGUUCAUGCAGUCAGAUGGAGGUCUGACUCCCAUGGAUCAGUUCUGUGGUUCCCGUGCUGUUCUCUCAGGUCCGGCUGGAGGUGUGGUGGGAUAUGCCAUUACCUCUUACAACCAGAUGGAGAAAAAGCCUGUGAUUGGCUUCGACAUGGGAGGAACCUCCACAGAUGUGAGUCGAUACGCGGGCCAAUAUGAACAUGUGUUUGAAGCUACCACAGCUGGAGUCACUCUUCAGGCACCACAGCUGGACAUCAAUACAGUGGCUGCAGGAGGAGGAUCACGGCUCUUCUUUAGAUCUGGGAUGUUUGUGGUUGGACCAGAGUCUGCAGGUGCACAUCCAGGACCGGCCUGUUAUAGAAAAGGUGGCCCUCUAACUGUGACUGAUGCUAAUUUGGCUCUGGGGCGCCUCCUUCCUCCAUUCUUCCCAAAGAUCUUCGGGCCUGGAGAAAAUGAACCACUGUCACUGGAGGAGACGAUGAAACAUUUCAAACUUCUCACGCAGGAGAUAAAUGUCUUCUUGUCCUCCAACCAGUCACAGGUUGCCACCAAUGGAACCAACCAGUCAGACAACCACACAGUGCCAAACAUCCCGUCAGGAAUGAGCCUGGAGGAGGUUGCCAUGGGAUUUAUUCGUGUGGCUAAUGAGGCCAUGUGUCGACCAAUCAGAGCUCUGACACAGGCGAAAGGCCACGACACAUCACAGCAUGUUCUAGCUUGUUUCGGGGGUGCAGGAGGACAACAUGCCUGUGCUAUUGCCAGAGCCCUGGGGAUGAAGACUGUCUUCAUACAUAAGUACAGUGGUGUUCUCUCAGCCUACGGUCUGGCUCUGGCGGACGUGGUGGAGGAGGUGCAGGAGCCGUGUUCACUGCAGUAUGAACAGAACAGCUUCACGGAGCUGGACAGAAGAGUGGAGCAGCUGUCAAAGCGCUGUUGUGACACACUCCGCUCACGUGGCUUCAAAAGCAGUCAGAUAACCACUGAGGUGUUCCUCCACCUGCGUUAUGAGGGAACCGACUGUGCACUAAUGGUUUCGACUGCCGGUUUUCCAAGCCAUGCAGAGUCCUGUAAAGCCGGAGACUUCCGUAGUUCAUUUACCAAGAGAUACUUGAAGGAAUUUGGAUUCACAAUCCCAGACAGACCCAUCGUGGUGGAUGACAUCAGAGUCAGAGGCUGUGGACGAUCUGGCAUCAAAUCUGUGCAUAAAGCAAAAGCAGGAUCUGGUCACGUCAAGCCUGUCAUGGUGACCAAGUGUUAUUUUGAGGAGGGCUACCUGGACACUAGUGUGUAUUUGUGGGAGGAGCUGCCAUGCAGUCAUACCAUACAAGGUCCAGCCAUUAUCAUAGACAAGAACAGCACCAUUCUGGUUGAGCCAUGCUGUGAGGCCUGCCUGACAGAGGGGGGCGAUGUUUGCAUUACUGUUGGCUCUGACCCUCACUGCGCGCUGGGCACUGAGCUAAAUACUGUGCAGCUUUCCAUCUUCUCCCACCGCUUCAUGAGCAUAGCAGGUACAAUGGGCAGGGUUCUCCAGAGAACCUCCAUCUCCACCAACAUCAAGGAACGCCUCGAUUUCUCCUGUGCAGUGUUUGGACCAGAUGGUGGACUUGUGUCCAAUGCACCUCACAUACCGGUUCACCUCGGCGCUAUGCAAGAGACUGUUCAGUACCAAAUUAAAACACUGGGGAAGGAGCUCAAAGAAGGUGACGUGAUUCUCAGUAACCACCCAUGCGCCGGAGGCAGCCAUCUUCCAGACCUCACAGUCAUCACACCAGUGUUUAGAAAGGGUGUGAGCAGGCCAGUGUUCUUUGUAGCCAGCAGAGGGCACCAUGCCGACAUUGGAGGCAUAACUCCGGGGUCAAUGCCUCCUCACUCCACAUCUCUUCAGCAAGAGGGCGCCGUCUUCACUUCCUUUAAACUUGUCACCGGUGGAGUUUUCCAAGAAAAGGCUGUAACUGAAGCUCUGAUGGCUCCAGCCCAGUACCCAGACUGCUCUGGGACUCGUAACUUGCAUGAUAACCUGUCAGACCUGCGGGCUCAGGUGGCAGCCAAUCAAAGAGGCAGCCAGCUGGUGGGGGAGCUGAUUGACUGCUAUGGACUGGAUGUGGUCCAGGCCUACAUGGGUUACAUUCAGAGUAAUGCCGAGCUCGCAGUCAGGGACAUGCUGAGAGACUUUGCACGUCGUCGACGGCAACAGACAGGAUCUUUGGAGGUGGAGUCGGAGGAUUUCAUGGAUGAUGGGACGCCAAUCAGUCUGAGGGUCCAGAUUAAUGAGCAAGAGGGCAGUGCAGUGUUUGAUUUCUCAGGCACUGGAACAGAGGUGUGGGGUAACUGCAACGCUCCUCGUGCCAUCACCCUCUCCGCCCUCAUCUACUGUUUGCGCUGCAUGGUCGGACAGGACAUCCCACUCAAUCAGGGUUGCCUUGCACCAAUUAAAGUCAUCAUCCCACCCGGCUCGAUUCUUCAGCCUUCUCAGAAUGCAGCUGUGGUUGGAGGAAAUGUCCUUACAUCCCAAAGAGUGGUGGAUGUCAUCUUUAGGGCAUUUGAAGUGUGUGCUGCAUCACAGGGCUGCAUGAACAACAUAUCCUUUGGCAGUGAGAAGGUUGGAUACUACGAAACAGUUGCUGGAGGAGCUGGAGCGGGGCCAAGCUGGAAUGGACGCAGUGGCGUUCAUAGCCACAUGACCAACACUCGCAUCACUGACCCGGAGAUACUGGAGAAGAGAUAUCCAGUCAUUUUAGAGCACUUCUCCCUGCGGCCCAGUUCAGGGGGUGCAGGACAACAUUGUGGGGGAGAUGGUGUCACCCGGAAACUUCUGUUCAGGGACGAGGUGGUUCUCUCUGUACUGACAGAGAGACGAUCUACCCGCCCCUACGGACUUAAAGGAGGUGAGGAUGGAGCAGCGGGACUAAACCUGCUCCACAGGGCUGACGGCAGAGUCCUCAACCUUGGAGCUAAAACCAGCGUCUCUCUCCAGCCUGGGGACAUGUUCUGCCUCUACACUCCUGGUGGUGGAGGAUAUGGAAAAGAAGAAGAAACAGCUCUCAAACCACAGACCAAGCGCAGAAGAUUGAAUGAAACCUUCACUGAGAGAGGCAGCGUGUUUGAAUAUAGGAUGGCACAAGAGGGAGUGUGAGAGACGUAGGAAAGCAAUCACAGGAAUAUCAGGAAAAGCUGUGAGAGAUGGAGCAGACUGAGUGGAGAUCUUAGCUACUGUAUAGAGUAUGUUAAAAUCCUUUAUAUUAAAAACACAAAAUGCUGUUUAAACAGAAUUAUUUGGACCAAAGACACAACCACUUUUUGGGGCCAGAAAUUACCCCGUAAUUCUAACAUUAGAUUGUGAUUGUAGUGUACAUUUAGAAAUGUCUUAACAUGUACAACAUUUCGCCAAAUUAAUGUUUUGAAACAGUUCUAGAUUUUUUAUUUUAAUAUUACACCUCAAUUUUGAACAAGUAGAUCUAAUGUUUCCUUCACACUGGUCAGAAGGGUCUAGGAACCAUGGUGUGGUUAGUUAUCUGUUUUAUUAAAGAUAAAACACUUUCAA